AUUUAAACCAUGGCUAUGAACAUGAUUCAAAAUUUGCCUCUUGACAACGACCUUUUUUCUGAAGACGAGAAAGCUCUUUUGUCCAAAGGAGGAUUCUCCGUCUCCGAAAGUGACGCAAUCAACGAAGACCACGAUAGUGAUGACGACUAUGAACGUAAGAUCAUGGACGUGAUAUCCAAUGAUGUCGGCAUUUAUGGCGGAGCCUUUGGCUCUGGCCAAGAACUCGACAUUGGGGAGAGAGGAGCGCUUGAAGAAAGAUUCAAACAUGAGAAUAACUAUUUACAACUUCAACUGGCUACUCAGAAAGCCAAUUUCUAUAAGAAGAGUGGAGAGCUCGAGAGAGCCAUUGAGAGACUCAGAAGGGAAAAGAAACAACUAGAGGCUAAUAAUGUAACUCAAAGGAAAGAUCAUGAGCUUAAAAUGAUUCAACAAAAACAGGUUACUAAGGAAGAACUAGAGAGACUCCAAGGUGAUCAGAGAGAGUUUGGCAUUCAUGGCCCUUCGAUGAAAGAAAGAAUGAACUCGUAUAAAAAUGAGCUCAGAACUCUCCUUGUCAGCGAAGAUAAAUACCUAGAUCUCAGAUCUGUUCCAGAAAAUAAGAGAAAUUUGAAGGAAUUCGUCCAAGUCAAAGCUUAUGAACUUGUCAAAAAGUAUAAAGAUCAAUCUGAAGAUUUAAAAAGGGAGAAUGAAGAUCUGGCAGAAAAAUGCACGAUUUAUAAAGAAAAGGCCUCCAAAGAAGCUAGAGAAGCCGACAGAGUCUCCCAUGUGCUUAAUGAUAGAGAGAAUGAUUACAUGAGCAGGAUAGAAGAGCUCCAGAUCAGAAAUAAAGAACUCCAGGAAACCAUUAACAAGCUCAGAAUGAAAGAAGAGAGUUAUAAAAUUAAAGAAAGAGACUAUGAAGCAAUGAAAGAGAGACUGAGAGAUUUUGAAAAGGCUAAUGCCAGUCUCCAAAUGCAAGCAGAGCUUCAAUCAGAAACUGUUCAUAAAGUCAAUGACCAGAGAACAGACUAUGAGAAGCAAUAUGAUGGGCUAAGGAAGCAAAUAGACUUACUUAAUCAAGAUAAGACUUUCUUGACAAGAGAGAAUGCUACUCUGCACGAUAGGAUCAAAAGACUCGAAACUGAUGUUGAAAGAGUUGAGGAUCAGAAGGACAAGAUCUACCAAGAAAUGUCUGAAGCAAAGAAGAAUGCACAGAACUACUUGGAACGUCUCCUCAAUAGCCAAGGUGAGUUCGGCAGUGAUGCUCAAAAGAAGCAUUUAGAGGAGCUGAACAAUAUAAAGCUGGCUUAUGAGAGAGAUCUCAGGCUUCAUAAAGAGAACCUUUCCGAGGUCUAUGAGAAGAAGAUUGAAUACCUCCAAGAAGCUAAGGAAGAGUCCGAUAUGAGACUGGCUAAGGCAGAAAGAGACUUACUUGAGAAGACUAAGUCUUAUGAUGAGAUCUUAGUUGAAUACAGGAAAAUUGAGAGAAUGGUCGACUCUGAAAUAGGUGAUGUCAAACUAGAGUUGAGACUUAAGAGUGAUGAGCUUCAUAGAGUUUCAAGUGUAUAUGAAGAGAAUUUAUCUCUAGUCAAAGAGCUUAAAAUUGAAAAUGCAGCAAUGAAGGAGAAACUUGAUCUUAUUAAAAAUGAUUAUUACAGAUUAGAAGCUGUUGAAAGACAGAAAAAUGCUGACGCUCUCGCCCAAGUAGCUGUUUAUAAGGAGAGAUUAGCUCAGUACGAAGCUAUCGAAAAGGAGCUUGACGAUGCUAUUAUUAAUGUUGCUGAAUCGGAAGAACAGACAGAAGUUGGCGAUAUAGUAUUAAAUGCAGUAAAAGCCGCUCCUACUGCUGCUAAUAGAAGAGUUCAACAAAGUCUGCUUCUUGCUAAUAGAUUACAAGCUAAGCAAAAAGAAUGUGAAAUGCUAAAGAAAGAGGUUAAAGACAUGAAGACCCAAAUGAGGAAUACUUUAGAAGAUUCAAAAAUGUAUAAGAGGCUUUCAGAUAAAGCAAGCCAACCUUACUCUGUCUUAAUGGCUGAUAUCGAAAAGGGAGAGAAAGAUCUAAACAAAGCAUUUAAACUUCUGAACAGUAAAGAAGAUGAGAACAAAUCUUUAAGAGAUGAGAAUAAAUCUUUAAAGAUGGCUGUAAACUCAUUAAACCAGGACUUAAGUAAGCUAUCCAAUAAAAGGAAGCAAUUGGACAAUUUACAAUCAACACUGAUGAACAUGAUCAAAGGUUCUACUGGCAAGAACAUUAGUGUAGAUACUCUCAGAACCAAGCUUGCUGAAUCUAAAAAGAAAAGUGGCAAAUUAAGAGAAGAUUACACUGUGCCUAAUCAUUUUGAGAUGACUGGAGGGAGCAAGCAUAUGUUCUCCACUGCAAACACCAACAAGAUGAGGAGCACAAGUAGAUCAAAGUCUCCUCACAAACGUUCAAAUCUAGAUCUAGAAGACGAGAUCAACUUCAAGAGUAAAUCUAAAGCCAGCCUUGCUGAGGUUCCAGCUUGGUAUUCCUCACUUAAGUCCAAUCUUCAAUAA